CUCUCCCCCAAAAACAGAAGUACUGAGAUACGGGAGCUAGUGAGAAUAACACCUUUUCUUAAGAGCUAUCUCUCCAUCACAACUCUCAUUUCAACUUCCGCUUCGACCCCAAGAGGGAGAAAGGCAAUCCUAGUAGCCAAAUCCCCCAAUCUGGCAGCGGCUCUGGGCAGAGGAGCGAGAAAGUUCCCUUGCCCUCUAAGCGGCUUUCCGGAGCACUGCCGAGCUCCCAGCCAGGUGUCUUCUUCUUGGCGGCAGAGAUAUAAGGAGCCAGGCCGGGCAGUGGCAGUGGCGCGAUGGGGCCCCUCCGGGAGACUAAGAAGGUGCACAGAGUGCAGCAUCAUGAGAAGGAGAUUUCUCGAAGCCGAAUUCCCCGUUUGAUUCUUCGGCCUCACCUGCCCCAGCAACAGCAGAAAAUAUCUCCAGCAUCUGAAUCUCCCUUCUCUGAGGAGGAGAGCAGAGAAUUCAAUCCUAGCAGCUCUGGGCGUUCAGCAAGGACCAUUAGCAGCAAUAGCUUCUGCUCAGAUGACACUGGAUGCCCAAGUAGCCAGUCAGUAUCUCCUGUAAAGACUCCCUCAGAUACUGGAAACAGUCCAGUCAGCUUUUGUCCUGGAAGUGAUGAAGAUUUUACCAGAAAGAAAUUUAAUAUUGGAAUGGUUGUUGAAGGAAAUACGCAGUCAUCCCGCUAUAAGAAGGAACCAAAAACAUGUCUCACCAAGCCAGGUAGCGAGGCUGACUUUAGCUCUUCAGGCAGCACUGGCAGCAUCUCAGCUCCCGAGGUCCAUAUGUCCUCCUCCACUGCUGGAAACAAGCGAGCCUCUUUCCCACGCAACCGUGGUCCCCAUGGACGGAACAAUGGAUCUUCAUCUUACAAGUCUGGCAACAGCCCACCUUCACGUGAGAAAGAUCUUCUGUCUAUGUUGUGUAGGAAUCAGCAGAGCCCUGUUAAUGUCCAUCCAAAUUAUGGGCCUUCAUCUCCCAGUAGCAGUAACUCCGGCUCCUAUAAAGGAAGUGAUAGCAGUCCGAUCAUGAGGCGGCCUGGGAGGUAUAUGUCUUGUGGUGAAAAUCAUGGUGUUAAACCCCCAAACCCAGAACAAUAUUUGACUCCCCUGCAGCAGAAAGAAGUUACAGUGAGACACCUGAAAACCAAAUUGAAAGAAUCUGAGAGCCGACUGCAAGAGAGGGAAACAGAAAUUGCAGAGCUCAAAUCUCAGUUGGCCCGUAUGCGAGAAGACUGGAUUGAGGAGGAGUGUCAUCGGGUGGAAGCUCAACUGGCCUUAAAGGAGGCAAGAAAAGAAAUUAAGCAACUGAAGCAGGUCAUUGAGACCAUGAGGAGCAGUCUGGCUGAUAAAGACAAGGGAAUACAGAAGUACUUUGUAGACAUAAACAUCCAAAAUAAGAAAUUGGAAUCCUUACUUCAGAGUAUGGAAAUGGCCCAGAAUGGAUCUCUCCGGGAUGAACAUUGUCUAGACUAUCUCUGUGAUUCCCCAAAGAAAAGUUUACCUCCCAGCACUGCAUAUGGCAAAAUGGCAGAUGCACAAGCUUUGGAAGACCAAACCAUACAGGAAGGAGCUGAAAGUGAGUUACUGGCCAUUGAAAGCAUGGAGAAUAGCACAGAUUUGUUUGAAGAGGUUAUGAUGGCCACUACUACUGAGGCUGGUGAUUUGUCCCUCUUACAAUCCACAUCCAUUUCCUCUCCACUUGAAACAAAGGCAUUUGAAAUGGCCCCAGACAGUCAGGAGGAAGGCAGUGAGGUGACAGAACAGGCCAUUCAGACUGAUGUGGUGCCAUAUAGUCCUGAUGUAGAACAGCUCAUUCAGAAUAUGCUUAAGUUGCAAGACCCCCGUCCCUCAAGCCCAUCAUCCCUCGAUGAGUCUGAGGCUGACCUGAUAGAAAGCUUCCCAGAGGUCACAUCUGCUUUAAUGGUUGAUCUCACGCCAAGCGACCCAAACUCUGCCAUUCUUUUGUCUCCUAUGGAGACACCAUACAGCAAGAUGGAAAUUGGAAAUCACGAAAACCGAGUCAUGAGAGAACUGGAUUUCACAGCCUCCCCUGAAGAAAGGUUUGGCAAUGUCAUUCAUCUCUCUCAGGCGGGAAUCGUGAAGCAGUACUGGAGCAACAAUUUCCUGGUGGAUCUUUUGGCCGUAGCAGCCCCUAUUGUCCCCACGGUCAUGUGGGCAUUUAGUACUCAAAGAGGUGGUAUUGAUCCAGUCUAUAAUAUUGGAGCAUUACUCCGGGGCUGUUGUCUGGUUGCCCUGCAUUCUCUCCGCCGAACCCCGUUCCAUAUUCAGACCUAAACAGAGGUUGCCAUCAUCUUGUACCAGUUUGUUUUGUGUGGUGUUGUGCCAGGUAGAAGAGUAGCAUCUCUUGUGAUGCUCUGUCCAAGAAUGUGUCUUAUCUAAUGACAGUCUCUGUCCUGUCGUUUGCUUCUUGGUAUUUGAUUUGCACUAUAUAUAGUUGAAUGCCUAUUCACUGUUUAAAAACCGGAGGUAUCUUCAAAAGGCAUGGAGACCUGACGCGGUUUAAGUCUAUGUCCCUUAACUGUGGUAUGGAAAGCAUGCUAAUGAUCCUGCGGUGUUGUCUGAAGUACCAGUUCUUAUACUAGUGGUUCAGGAAGAGGAAAAAUAAAUAAAGGUUUGCACUUUCAAGGCAGCUUACAUAAGGCUGGCAUGUGUCUCCUCGCUUUGCUUUGUGCCGUUUUAAAGUGUGUGAUUGUCCCAGCAUUUCAAUGGUCUUGUGGCAUAGCAGGGGAUUGUAACCAAAAAUAAAAAUGCAUUCUUGUAAUUGGUUUGGAGAAGUCUUGAUAGCUCUUUUGGUGUUUUACUUAGAUCUGAAAAGGUAUGAGUGUUGGACAAAGUUUAUAUUAAAUGUAGUUCCAGAGUCUUAAAUAAAUUGUUUGUUCUUAAUUGUUAAUUAAUGAAGUUGUAUUCAAGUUUACCAUGUAUUAACUUAUUUUUUGCUUAUUAUAUAUAGUGUUUUAUUGGAAAUUAUGUUUGUAAUCACAAAUUAAAAGCAUGUUGAAAAUGCAAGUUAGCGUUUUAAUUUAGUAAAAUGUCUUUCCUCCUGAUCCACUUAGGAGGGUAGAAAGAAUGUCCUACACAGAUCCAGCAUAGCAUAUGAGAUUUAACUGCUUAGGUUGACAGAAAACAGGCUGAAUUCAGGAUGUUUUCCUCCUGGGAGCUUUUCUUUGCUCACAGAACUCCCUAAAAUAGCAACUUACAGGGAAAAACUUUAACCUGUUUUAAAGCAAAUUUGCAAGCAGCUUGAAUGAGAUAAUGAUGGCUGACAUUUAUAUAGCACUUUAAGGUUUGCAAAGCAGUUUUGUUCUCUUCCUUCCACCUGUAUAUAAUUCUGCCUCCUGGCUUCCCUGCUUUUCUCAAAAACCCAGCUCUGCUCAAAUCCUAUCCUCCAAAGGAGGCCUCUUCCACCCUCAUCCCCUGUGCCUUCCCUUUGAGAUUACACUCUAUUUUUUACUGUGUAUGUCUUCUGUGUACAUAGAUAUUUGCAUACUGUCUUCUCCAUUAAAAUGUGAGCUUCUUGAAGGCAGGGACUAUGUUUUUGCCUUUCUUUGUAUUCCAAGCACUUAAUAGAGUGCCUGGCACAUAGUAAAUACCUAAUAAAUGCUUGUUGACUGAA